AUGAAUCACUUAACCAAUCAAAUCGUAGAAAUCUCUGUCCAUCUUUUGAAUUGUGUUUAUAGGCAUGGAUCUUUUCUGAGGUUUGUCAACUAUUUACUAUCUUCUUUAACUUAAAAAGAGGAAAAAGAGGCUUGAUAAGCUUGAGCAUAAGUGAUUUUGUCUCAAGGAGAAGGAAAAUGUUUUGUGUGUGUGCAGCCUCUACUCAUGAAAUAGGCAACCAUUUACAUAAAACUAUUACUUUAAAUUAAGUUGAGGUGAAUUUAUCCGUAGAUGCGACAAAAAUUACUUAAUUCUUAGUUCACUUUAAUUAUUUACAUAAUUUGUGUCAAAAUGUGGAGACUGCUUGUUUUAAAUUAUUAUUUUGUAGUUUGCAAUAUGGAGGCCAUUGGUCUGGCCACUGGUGGUGCAAUUCCUGACAGCAGCUUCACAGCCUCAUCACAUUACGAUAGUAGAUAUCAACCUUCUUAUGCCCGACUGAAUGGAAAUAAUCGAGGUUGGGCACCCAAGACUACGACCAAUCCUGCUGACUACUUACAAGUUGACCUGCUGUAUGAGUACAUUAUCUGUGCUGUUGCUACCCAAGGAGCGAAUGGUAUCAAUGAGUGGACAACAAAUUACAAGAUUCACUUAUCGUUGGAUGGCAUCACGUUUUUCACCUAUAAAGAAAACAAUACUGACAAGGUAGGUUUACAUAAAGAUCAUGCAUAUGUUUGUACAUAUUGAAAAUGCCAACCAGGCACACUCAAUCAAUUGUUUUGAGUCAUAGGAAAUAGAGGCGUUCAGCUUAUUAACAUUCAGAUUCAAUUCUCUUUCUAUGAACAGUUUUCAGGACUCUUUUUUAUCGAUAUACAAGUGCACACAACUCUAUUAGUGUGACAAAUUUAAUUGCGCCAUCACAUGACAAAUAAUGCUUUCAAACUAGUACUGGAACAUACAUUGUUCAUUCGUGUAAAAACAAAACUGUGUGUGGAUGGUACAUACAUGUAAAGACAAUUCACUUCCAAGAUUGUGUAGAUGUUAAGAAGUCCAAGUCAUCCGAAGUUAUCAACCACUACAUCUUAAUUUAACAAUGCAACUUACCUGUUUUCUCAAAAAUCCAGGAGAAAUUUAAAAACAUUUGAUGUGGAAUAUUACCUAUAGUUACGACAUGAUAUGAACACCAACUUUUCCUUUGAGUGUGUGUUACAUAAACCUCCUCCCUGAAUAGUUUCAGCAGAAAUACUAUUUCAACUUCUGAUGCACAGUCACAUAAACUUUUUUUAGUAGUUUUCUAAUAAAAGGGCAUUAGGCAUUAGAGACAUGUACUUAUUCGGAAAGUCUUUGUUCAUUCAUUUCAUUACUUCCCACUUGGAAGUCAAAGUUCAUAGAAGAGCCGAUACUUUGGUAAUAAACGAUGCAGUAGAUUAAUUAAGAAAAUUUUCAUACAAUGAUGUUGCAUUCUGUACAAAAAUUGCAGGUCUUUCCAGGAAACUCAAAUCAAAGAGGCAUCAUAAAAAACAAUCUACGGGAAUUUGCGAGUGGAAAGUUUAUUCGUUUUCAGCCGACAGCCUAUUAUAGUUUCAAGGCUCUGAUGGUGGAAGUUUAUGGAAUUCUUCUAACUAAAGGUAUUUAUUUGCUUUGCUGCGACAAAAUUUAAGUCACAAUAACUAAUUAUUUAUGAAAGCUUAAGGAGCUAAAGGCAAUGGGUGUAGAGUAUUCUCCAAUACAGACUAAUUGAUCCUUGACCAAGGGAGAAUGGUUGUAACAGUUUAAAAGCUGACCAAUGGAGAUUUAAUUCCUGUUGAUCUUUAAAUAUCUCACUUACUACGCUGAGAUCCUUUGCCAAACAAAGUUGUGUUUAGAGUUAUUGUUGAUCAUGCUCCUUACGAUAUGCUGGGAUUCUAGCAUUGAAGAUUCUGAAACCCAGAAGGUGUCCAUGGGAACGUAAUCGUCUCGUGCUGUGUAGAGCAUCUUCACACUCAGGUUAUAAAGAAUGUAUAUCUAAUGCAUAUACACAGUCCCUACUGCUGAUGACCCCCCAGACUGGAACAUCUAAUGCUUUUUCUAUCAUGGCAUAUUUACAUACACAUAAAUCAGCAAUCAGCUAAAAAUUAAAACACACAACUGAUGUUGUUUAUUUCAGUUCCAUCGCAACCUCCGGCAGCCUUCAAUUUGACUGCAAGCUCUCCUACUAGCAUUGCAGCUUCCUGGCAGUUACCACCAGUACUUGCGAGACAUGGAGGAAGCAUUACAGGGUUUAACCUGUUCUAUAAAGAAAAAAGCUCAGCAGGGUUAACAACCACCUUGCCUAUCAACAGCGGAUCGACACUGAGUCAAAAUGUCGUGGAACUUGAUAAGUACACAGAAUAUGAAUUUCAAAUCUUGGCUUUUACCUCUGAUGGGGAUGGCCCAAAGACCCCUGUUAAGGUGGAGAGAACCAAGGAAGAUGGUAUGUGAUAAAUCAAAGUGAAAAGAUAUAAAAUUUGGCCGGUCAAAGAACAUGAUCGUUCAUACAAUUAAUGAUAUCUUGAUGACUGUUAUUUCUCACAUUGCAGUUCCUUCGGGAUCACCUGGUAACUUCACUGUGACUGCAAGCUCUUCGACUAAUGUAACAGCAUUCUGGCAGUUACCAUCAGCAGACUCCAGAAAUGGAAUCAUCGUAGGAUUUAAAUUGUUCUACAAAAGAAAAAGCUCUGGAGAACCAGCAACCGUAAUAACUAUCAACAAUGGAACAACCAGUGCUAAAGAUAUCACUGGCCUUUUUAAGUACACGGAAUAUGAACUUCAAGUAUUGGCCUUUACUUCUGUUGGUGAUGGACCAAAGAGUUCUUCAAGGAUUGAAAGAACAAAAGAAGAUGGUAAGAGAUUAAUUAGUAUUUAACCUCUUAUGUACACUCGGAAUUUCCUCUUUGCAGAGAGCUUUUUUAUGGGUGUAGAUGUAAAAUAAAAAAAAUAGUUCUGAUGCUGUGGUAGAAAGCCCUCGCUGGCCCAUAUUGUUUUUUUGUCAUUGAAGAUAUUUAUUUCUCAUGACGUUUUGCUUGGAUCGAGUAUGUUUAGCCAUCUUCGGCUUUCUUAAAUGUAACUAAUUAUGCCUAGCACAAUUUAAUUUUAAGAUUUUAUUGCAGUUCCAUCGAAACCUCCAAACAAUUUUACUGUGGACGUAAUCUCUUCUACCAGUAUUAAAACAUCCUGGCAGUUACCACCAGAGGACUCCAGAAAUGGAGUUGUCCGAGGAUUUAAAUUGUAUUACAAAAAGAGAGGCUCCACCGGGUUACUAAACACUUUAACUAUUGGAAAUGAGACGAUUCGGACCAAGGAUGUCAUUGGACUAGAAAAGUACACACAGUAUGAAUUUCAAGUGUUGGCCUUCACUUCUGUUGGUGAUGGAGCAAAGAGUUCCGCAAAAGUCGCAAGAACGAAGGAAGAUGGUGAGAAAUAGGAGCUAAUAAGGACGGACUUUGGUUACCAGGGUGUCUGAUGGUACUCAAAUUGAUUUGCCCACUUAG